UUGCUUAAUGCGAAAAUAAAAUGACUUACUAUGUCAAUGAUAACGACCCCAUAUCCUUCAUUUCCAAGGAAUUCGUUGGAACCCAUCCACAUUUUCUGCUCUAUUAUUCUUAUUGUAUUAUCAUCAUCUCUUCUCCUCCCCUUGAUUCUCGGCUUCAAUCGUCCGUCCCAGAAGGAAGCUCUAAAAAGCUUUCAACUUUACUCACAAGAGUUGACCCAGAAGCCUUAUUCCCCACCCCCCAAAAAACUCCGGCCAGUUAGUUUUCCUUCCAUUUGAAGAAAUUUACAUUCCAAUCCUCUCCUCAAUUUCCAUCUCAGUUUUGCCUUCGCCGUGUUGGUCUUUGUGACCUCUGUUUUUGUGUUCAGCUUUACUUGCCAGUCAGUCCUUUCCUUUUAGUCAUCGGCCCCAAAAUAGAAAACCCACCAAAAGAAGAAGAAGCAAUUCUAGAUAAGAGUUUUCCACGACAGACAGGUAGCAAUUGUUGGGCCGAUGGUGGGUUUGUCUUUGAAUCAGUCGGGGUUUUCAUUUUAAACCCGCCACGGCUUAUGUGAAUUUCCUGCUCUGUUUCCUUCCUCCCUAAGUCAACUAGGUGAAACUUCUAUUCGAUUUACAAUCCUUACCCCGAGUAGGAGACUUCUGACCCAUCGGACCUAUAUAUACACCGAGAAUUACCAAAACCCAGAUUCUAAUUCCUUUUUCUUUUUUCGGGAAGCAAACGGAGUAUUAUUUACUUGUUAAAGUUCGCGUCUUUUUUUUUUUCUUCUUUUAAUGGGAGGGAGAAGUUCGAAGGAGUCGGCUGGUGGCAGUCGGAGGGAGUUCUCGUCUUACGAUUCGUUCAACUACCGUUACCCUCCGCCGGCAGCAGCGCCGCCGUAUCCCGAGUCGCAGCCGUACUACACGCCUCAGCAUCCUCACGCGCCGCCGCCGUCGUCAUCAUCGGCGUACGGUUAUGAACCGGAAAGGCCUCCUCAGCCGCAGAAGAGGUUGGAUAGAAGGUACUCCAGGAUUGCCGACGAUUACAAGACUUUAGAUCAGGUUACUGCUGCACUUGCUCAAGCUGGGUUGGAAUCAUCUAAUCUCAUUGUUGGCAUUGACUUCACCAAGAGCAAUGAAUGGACAGGUGCCAGGUCAUUCAACCACAAAAGCUUGCAUCACAUUGGCAAUGAUCCAAACCCGUACGAACAAGCCAUAUCCAUCAUUGGAAGGACUCUGUCCGCAUUCGAUGAAGAUAACCUGAUUCCUUGUUAUGGCUUUGGAGACGCUUCGACACAUGACCAAGAUGUGUUCAGUUUCUAUCCGGAAGAGAGAUUCUGUCAGGGAUUCGAGGAGGUGCUGUCCCGGUACAGAGAAGUUGUUCCUCAGCUUCGGCUAGCUGGGCCAACGUCCUUUGGACCAAUGGUCGAAAUGGGCAUUAGCAUUGUUGAGCAAAGUGGUGGCCAGUACCACGUUCUUGUCAUAAUUGCUGAUGGUCAGGUGACACGGAGUGUUGACACAGAGAGCGGCCAUCUCAGUCCUCAAGAGCAGAAGACUAUUGAAGCAAUUGUCAAAGCGAGUGAAUACCCUUUGUCGAUUAUCCUAGUCGGUGUUGGCGAUGGGCCUUGGGAUAUGAUGAGGGAGUUUGAUGAUAAUAUCCCUGCUCGAGCCUUUGAUAACUUCCAGUUCGUAAACUUCACAGAGAUCAUGGCCAAAAAUGUUAACCAAACAAGAAAAGAAACAGAAUUUGCUCUUGCUGCGCUGAUGGAGAUCCCCGCUCAAUACAAAGCCACUCUUGAGCUUGGCUUAUUGGGGCGUCGAAAGGGGAGUGGUCCAGAGAGGAUAGCUCUACCUCCACCACAAUAUGGUCGAUCUUCCCAUGGUGGCAAUGUGAAGCCCUUCCGAUCAACUAGCUUCCAGCAGCGAGUGCCUUCAUACCCGGACUAUAAUUCAGCAGCAGCAGCCAGCUAUAGUGCGCCACCAGUGAGCUCAGCUCAACAUUCGAGUUCUGAGUCUGACAACAAGGCUUGUCCCAUUUGUCUUUCCAAUCCUAAGAACAUGGCAUUUGGCUGUGGCCAUCAGACUUGUAUUGAAUGUGGAGAAGACCUGCAAUCGUGCCCCAUCUGCCGGAGCGCGAUACAGACUAGAAUCAGGCUGUAUGGAUAAAAAGAUCGAGCAGUGAUCCCCAGCCACAACUCGCCACAGACCCGUACAAACUUAAAUCAAGGCGCGAGAAGCUCGUUUCGUAGUGUACAUAGAGGUGUCAUGAUUUUUUUGGAAGCGUCCUGUAUGUUGCAUUCCUUGGACCACAGAUACCACAGACAGGAAUGGAGGAGAUGGAACAAAGUGAUAGCUGAUAAGGUGGCAUUGGUAGAGAAUGGUGUGUGUGUUUCUUAGGUGUUAGGGAUGAUGAUUUGGAUGGAUUCUGUCUUCUGGCUGCUGUGCUGUGUAGAACAGAACAGAUAUGGUUGAGGGGGGAGCUCUCUCCACUCCCAACACUCAUUCCUCCAUUAUUGUUUUUCUUGCCUCCCUUUUGUUUUUCUACUUUGCCUAGGCUGCGUGACAAGAUUAUUGAGUGUGAUUUGGGUAAAGGUUACCACUGCCAUGUGAAUAAAUAUUCCGUUCCAAU